GCCGGGGUGCUCGGAGUGGUCAUGGUGCUCGUGCUGGUCGUGCUCAUCCCGGUGCUGGUGAACUCGGCCGGCACUUCGGCACAUUACGAGAUGCUCGGCACGUGCAGGAUGGUGUGCGAUCCGUACGGCACCAAAUCCCCGAGCAGCACGGCCACGGCAGACACGGCGGCGCGCGACACCGGUCUCGUGCAAUCACUUCCCACUUUCAUCCAAGGGCCGAAAGGAGAGCCGGGACGGCCCGGGAAGACGGGACCGCGGGGACCGCCUGGAGAGCCAGGUCCUCCAGGACCCGCAGGCCCGCCUGGAGAGCGGGGAGAGCCGGGACGGCCAGGCUUACCAGGACCCCCGGGGCCAAACGGCGCUGGCGCUAUCAGUGCCGCCACCUACAGCACCGUGCCAAAAAUCGCCUUCUACGCGGGCCUUAAGAAGCAGCAUGAGGGCUACGAGUUGCUUAAGUUCGACGAUGUUGUCACUAAUCUGGGGAAUCACUAUGACCCGACCACAGGAAAGUUUACCUGCUCCAUACCGGGAAUCUAUUUCUUUACUUAUCAUGUGCUGAUGCGGGGUGGAGACGGUACCAGCAUGUGGGCAGACCUCUGCAAAAACAACCAGGUGCGCGCAAGCGCCAUCGCACAGGACGCGGACCAGAAUUAUGACUACGCCAGUAACAGCGCGGUGCUGCAUCUGGAGCCUGGGGAUGAAGUGUAUAUCAAACUGGACGGUGGCAAAGCGCACGGAGGCAACAACAACAAAUACAGCACCUUCUCUGGCUUUAUCAUCUAUGCCGAUUAGGACACGAGCUUUCUUCCUCUUCCCGGGCUUUUCCGAGCCAUGUCCUCCUUUUCGCACUCACUUUUCCUUUUCAACCUCAAGUCUCCCCUCCAGAGCCAGUGGCUGGUGACACACUCCCUCAUCCGUGCCAUUCACCUGUUAGUGUA